CCCCCCCCCCCGCGGCCCCGCGGUCAGCCGGGCUGGCUCAUGGUCCCCGAAGCGGCGGGCCGGGCGGAGGCUCCUGCGGCCGCUGGGCCCACGGGGAUGCCCCGCGGGUGAGGCAGCCCCCAGCUUCCAGCCGCGCUCAUGGCGGUGGCCAGGAAGAUCAAAACUUUGCUGACGGUCAACAUCCUGGUGUUCGUGGGCAUCAUCGUCUUCUCCGUGUACUGCCGCCUGCAGGACCGCUCCGAGGGGCUGGUGCAGACCGUGCGCAGCGCCGACCGCCGGGUGCGCAGCCGGCACGCCAAGGCGGGCGCGCUCGCCGACCGCGAAGCCAUCCUGGAGCGUCUGGACCACCUGGAGGAGGUGGUCUACAACCAGCUGAAUGGCCUCGCCAAGCCCAUCGGCCUGGUGGAGGGGCCUGGGGGCCUGGGCCAGGGCGGCAUGGCGGCCACCCUGCGUGAGGACAGCCAGGAGACAGAAAGCAAAUACGAGGAAUACGGGUACAACGCGCAGCUCAGCGACCGCAUCUCCCUGGACAGGACCAUCCCGGACUACAGGCCCAAAAAGUGCAGACAGGUGACCCACACCGCCGACCUGCCCCAGAUCUCUGUGGUCUUCAUCUUCGUCAACGAGGCCCUCUCCGUCAUCCUGCGCUCCGUGCACAGCGUGGUCAACCGCACGCCCUCGCGGCUCCUCAAGGAGGUCAUCCUGGUGGACGACAACAGUGACAGCGUGGAGCUCAAGACCAGUCUGGACCAGUACGUCAACAGGAGGUACCCGGGCCUGGUGAAGAUCGUUCGCAACAGCCGGCGGGAAGGCUUGAUCCGGGCACGGCUGCAGGGCUGGAAGGCGGCCACGGCCCCCGUGGUCGGCUUCUUCGACGCCCACGUGGAGUUCGGCACGGGCUGGGCCGAGCCCGCGCUCACGCGGAUCCAGGAGGACCGCCGGCGCAUCGUCCUGCCCGCCAUCGACAACAUCAAGUACGACACGUUCGAGGUACAGCAGUAUGCCAGCGCGGCCCACGGCUACAACUGGGGCCUCUGGUGCAUGUACAUCAUCCCCCCCCAGGACUGGCUGGACCGUGGCGACGAGGCGGCGCCCAUCAGGACCCCUGCGAUGAUUGGCUGCUCGUUCGUGGUGGACCGGGAGUACUUUGGGGACAUCGGCCUGCUGGACCCGGGCAUGGAGGUGUAUGGUGGAGAGAACAUCGAGCUGGGCAUGAGGGUGUGGCAGUGUGGCGGCAGCAUGGAGGUGCUCCCCUGCUCCCGCGUGGCCCACAUCGAGCGCAGCAAGAAGCCCUACAACAACGACAUCGACUACUACGCCAAGCGCAACGCCCUGCGGGCAGCGGAGGUGUGGAUGGACAGCUUCAAGUCCCACGUGUACAUGGCCUGGAACAUCCCCAUGACCAACCCAGGGGUGGACUUCGGGGACGUGUCUGAGCGGCUGGCGCUUCGCCAGAGGCUGAAAUGCCGCAGCUUCAAGUGGUACCUAGAGAACGUGUACCCGGAGAUGCGGACCUACAACGACACCCUCACGUACGGAGAGGUGAGAAACAGCAAAGCCAGUGGCUACUGCCUGGACCAGGGAGCGGAAGACGACGACCACGCGAUCCUCUACCCCUGCCACGGGAUGUCCUCUCAGCUGGUGCGCUACAGCGCUGAGGGGUUGCUGCAGCUGGGCCCCCUGGGCUCCACCGCCUUCCUGCCCGACUCCAAGUGCCUGGUGGACGACGGCAGGAGCCGCGUGCCCGCCCUGAAAACGUGUGAGGACGUGGCCCGGCCAGCGCAGCGGCUGUGGGACUUCACCCAGAGCGGCCCUAUUGUGAGUCGAGACACAGGCAGGUGCCUGGAGGUGGAAAUGUCCAAGGACGCCAACUUCGGGCUGCGGCUGGUGGUACAGAGAUGCUCGGGGCAGAAGUGGACCAUCAGGAGCUGGCUCAAGCGCGGGCGACACUGACCGCCAGCCCCGCCCUGUGCCCUCCCGGAUGCAGACCCCGAGGACCCGGGGAGGGCGUCGGGCCGCCUGCUGGGCCGCGUCCCUGGGACCGCGGGGGCCCCCUGUGCGGUCCGGAGGCAGGUGCCAGGGACCGGCCGGCCCAGCAGGAGCACAGACCCCGAAACCAAGCCCACCUCGGAAUCACGUGCCUUUUCUACGGUAUUCCUGUCCAGGCCGCCGGGCCGGCCACCUCUUCUGCAUGAAGCCCCCUGUACGUUCCCCCACUCGCGGAAAUAACCCCCGUGAGCUCCGUGGGUGGCCCAAGCUCCCGUCCCGGCCGGGCAGGACCGUGGCCUCCUCCCGUCUUCUGACCAUCUAAGGAAAAGCCCAGAAGAGCAAAGCAGACCCCUCUCCGAGGUUGGGGACGGGGGGGGGGGGACGCGGCUGCGGCCGUCCCGGCGACGUCCCAGGCAGUGCUGACGAGGAGGCUGGUUGCCGCCCCGAUCCAGCGCCGAGCGGGUCAAACAGGACAGAGCUGGUCUUGUCCUCCGGAGCCCUAGCGGCUGGGUCGUCCGGGGUCGGGGCCCCUGUUCCAGCGUCUCGCCCGGGGCCAGGCGCCUCCCCCCCCCCCCCCCCCCCGCCUUGUUGCUCCAAGGCGGGGGUCCGUGAACCGCGACCCACAGCCCUGUGCCUGUUUUUAUAAAUAAAGUUUUAUUGGCACACAGCCGCACCCACCUGCCUCUGUAUGGUCCGGCGCGACCCUCUCGCCCGGGGCCAGAGUUGAGCAGGAGCACGUGCCCCACGGGGCCGUCCCAGGGGCUCCGAGAUGCCGUCUCUGGGCGGGCCGACGCUUAAUGAUUGCGGUGAACAUCACAGGGCCCCGCCCGUCCCUGUCCCCCAGCAGAGCCACCGUCCGCUACGCCCAGCAGCAGGUGCGCCCAACACUAGCUGCUCCCCAGUACUACCAGUACCCCACACUAGCGCCCUCAUUCUGGGCAGAAGGCCUCAGUCGUCCAGCGGUGGGGACAGCUACCAGACCAACGCCUGCACAGCCCUCACACUGCGGUCUCCCGGCGCCUAGGGGUCUCCCCCGGGGCAGAAAUUGUGGCUGUGUUGGAGACUUCCAAACCACCCCCCCCCCCAUUCUUGUAGAGCAGCCCGGAGCAGGGUUCCUGGACACCCGGGCUGCUUCACACAGGACUUAGCUGGUCCCGCCGAGCUGGGACCAGGCAGUCAGCCUUCCGGGGGGUGGGGAGCCCGGCUGCCCCUCCGGGGAAGGCGUCACAGCCGCUCCCCGCAGUGUCUUUCUGAAGCAGAAAGUUGUUCUCAGAGUGCCAGGGGGGCUCGGAGCCGUGAGACCACACUCGUUCUCCACCUCUCAGGCUCUGAGUCUCUGGGGAAGGUGGUGGCUCUGACCUGCCCCCUGGGCACCCCCCACCCCAGCCCCAUCCUCCUCUGCUCCUUCCUUGGGUCCCGUCCCCUGCUUCCUGCCACUGUGGGAAGCCCUGGCCGGCCCCAACCUCCCCAUUCUCCCCAGAGAACUCUACCAGCUCCCACCCAACUCCCCAAAAAGCCCCUCUGUCUUUUUCAGAUCUUGCCCAAAUUUUAAGACCAUAAUGGAGGCAAAAAGCCAGCAGUGAGCGAGACCUCGAGAGUCAGCCUCUAGCCAAAGCCCUGGGCACACAUCCAGAAGUUUCCCAACUGAAGGUGAAAUGGUAGCAGCCCUUGGCGGGCAGACUGAGCUAAUUGCCCGUGGUUCAAAAUAGAAAGUAUCUCGGCUGAAACCUAGAAAACUCGCUGUUGCAUACCGUGCAUUAUCGAAACCGCCAAUGUGAGGGUUUGUAGCCCACGGGACGCGGAAGGUGUCUCGACAAGCACCCCCCACGCCCCGUCCUUGCGGGAGGCGGCGAGUUUUGAUAGCGUGCUGUCGGGUACUGGCUGGCCCCCGGGUCC